ACAGUAACAAGAGCAAGGUGUCUGUGGAGUGCUGUUGUGUAGGAAUAUACUGGAUAAACUUUCAGUCGUGAUAAAGCGUGGUUGAGCUUCAGAACAUUCUCGGCUGCAAGGGUGAUGGGCGGAUGAUGGGUCCGCCAGCAUGUGCUCUUGCUAAAUUAAAACCAAUUGAACAAAUCCGGCGAGAAGUAUAUCUGCAGAAGAGAGACCUGCCGAGUUACCAGCAUUGAUCCAGCUCGCUGUUGACUUCAUUUCCACGUCAAAUACUCGAUGUCGAAUAAUGUAGCGCGUUGCUUGUGACUUUAAAACGUUUAUUUUCCUGACGUUCAACCAAAAUAUUUGUUUUGAUUUUCUUAGUGUGGUUGGCAUAUAUAAAAAUGGAAAUAUUGCGUUGCAUAAUUCUUAUUGUAUGAACCUCUCUGUAAGUGCCAGAGCAGUACCUCAUUCGUAUAUUGUGGUAUACGGAUGUUCUUUACACUAACUCUUCCUUAACCACAUUAAACUGAUAGUUGCUGCUGAGAAACUUAUAAAACUUGAUCAUUCUAAACCCGUGUAUGUUUAUAUAUCACUGCCGAUUAAGCGCGAGAGACCUAGGGGAUGGCAGACUUCCUGGAGAGCAACCUCUUCCGCCCCACCGCCCCGAGAGAGCCGUUCUUCAAGAAGCCCAGGCGGAAGAAAAUCAAAGUGGACGAAGACACUGACGCUUUUGACCAAGAACCUCCGAAAGAUUCUCGUCCCUUCGCAGCCAUCGGGGUGGCGUCUCUCGCAGCCUCCCAGAUCUUAGACACUCACGCUACGAAGCAGAAGAAGGUGAUGGUCACCAACGGCCUCGUGAGAAUACCCGGACCGCCCGUCACGCCCACGCGCAGGAGGAGGAACAUCCCUACAAAUGCUUCGCAGUCAGGUCCGUCUCCAUCCACGAAGGAAACCCGCUCGCCGCAGAGGGUGGCUCUAGGCCGCUCGAGGAGCUUCAGGGCUAAAAAAGGACACGACUAUGAGAACGUUUCUUUACGGAGAAAUUCCAUAGUUGGGCUGCAGGUGCUGAAAAUCUUAGCUGAGCGGGAGGCUAGUACCAGCGGCGAAGGUGAAGUUUCCAGUGUCUGUCAAGUCCUGGAGCAGUUCAACAAGAUGAAUUUGGUACAGGAUAAAACGAAACAGACCGUCAGCGAAGAAAAUAAACGCAAAGUCGAGGCCUCGAAAACGAACCAAGACAACACCGUUUCUCAAACCAAGUCGGCCCCUGCAAAAGACAAAAAUAGUGAUAAGGACCACGAGCUAGCACAGACGUCUGAGUCCUCGGGGGAAAAGCCCGUGACUGCCGAAGGGCUCCCGCAGAAGACAGAAGACGCCUGCAAGAAGUGUGCGAACAAUAAAACCUCCCCCGACACGACGCAAAAUGGCGGCGAGGAUUCCGAUCUUCAGCCCUGCAAAAAGCACCGGAAAGACAAACGCAAAAAACUCUUGCGACUCCUACGCUUGCUCUUAGGACUCAGCUGGAAAAGGAAACCCAGGAAAGAAGACAAACAAUUCUUAAUCACAGAGGAAGUCACUCAGGAGGAAGACAGUAGUCGAGGAACCGUUCUCAAGAAGCCUAAAUUGUCCAAGAAGGUGUCGUUCAGAACCAAGCACUGCAUAGACGACCAGGCGGCGGGGUCGAGGGGCGAGCCGGCCUUCCUGGUGUCGAAGAAGAGGAGGCCCAGGAAAAAGACCAUGCGUCGCGCCAGUCGUCGGAUGAAGAAGUCCCUCGGUCGCGGUUGUCGGUACAUCGGGCACGGCUUGGCCAACAUGACCUCCAUGAUACCCGAAGCUUCUUACGUGGGGCCCAUCACCCCUUAUCGUGACUUCGAUGACGACUACAUCACCGGCGACUACAUCUAGCCUUCUGGUCUUCAGGCGCGCGCGAUCAAAGCAAAGAUGCAUGUGAUAUUAGUAUCCACAGCUGGUAGUCUCUUGAUUCACCGAUAAGCGUGAUGUGUGUGUGUGUGUUUUGUGUGUGUGUGUGUGUGUGUGUGUGUGUGUGUGUGUGUGUGUGUGUGUGUGUGUAUGUGUGUGUGUGUGUGUGUGAAGAAUGUAUGGAAGAAGGUUUUUUAUUCUGAAUGUUUUGUGUUCAGUGUUUUUUAUGUUUAGGAGUAAGAUUUAGCACAGGUUUAGGUUAUUCGUUUUUAUAGAUCAAACUGUCCAAUAAAGGCACUUUUCUGUUU